CACAGCCACAUUGAUCAGACCACCACUUGGCAGGAUCCUCGCAAGACCCUACUCCAGAUGAACCAGAGCGCACCGGCCAGUACUGUGCCAGUCCAGCAACAAAACCUUAUGAAUCCUGCAAGUGGUCCUCUCCCUGAGGGCUGGGAACAAGCCAUCACAGCAGAGGGAGAAGUCUACUACAUCAACCACAAGAACAAAACCACAUCCUGGCUAGACCCACGACUUGACCCACGCUAUGCCCUGAACCAGCAGAGAAUUACCCAGAGUGCUCCAGUGAAGCAGGGAGGACAGCUGCCUUCUGGCACCCACAGUGGAGUGAUGGGAGGCAACAACCAGAUGAGACUGCAGCAGAUGGAGAAGGAAAGGCUGAGAAUGAAGCAACAAGAGCUGCUUUGCCAGAGACCCCAGGAGCUCGCUCUAAGAAACCAGCUGCCCGCCAGCAUGGAGCAGGAUGGCGGCACCCAGAACCCUGUCUCCUCCCCGAUGGCCCAGGAUGCCCGUACCAUGACUGCCAACAGCACUGACCCAUUUCUCAACAGUGGAACGUACCACUCCAGGGAUGAGAGCACAGACAGUGGUUUAAGCAUGAGCAGCUACAGCGUCCCUCGUACUCCAGAUGACUUCCUCAACAGUGUGGAUGAAAUGGACACAGGGGAUUCGCUUCCCACCUCCAUGGCCACACAGCCCAGUCACUUCCCCGACUACCUGGAUGCCAUCCCGGGAACAGACGUGGACCUGGGCACUCUGGAGGGUGAAAGCAUGACGGUGGAGGGUGAGGAGCUGAUGCCCAGCCUGCAGGAGGCCCUGACCUCUGACAUCUUCAACGACAUGGAGUCUAUGUUGGCAGCUACCAAGAUUGAAAAGGAGAGCUUCCUCACAUGGUUAUAGAGGCCUGCAGAGGGCGCUGCUUCGUCUUCUACCUACGCUCUAAACUGCUGCCUGCUCUCAUCUGUGAAGGAUCCAUUGAUGCUUUUACAAGACAUUUCAGCGAGCUGCUCCAGACGUCUGUCUGUGUCUCUCUGCGUGUAAGGCCAAACUCUUCUGAGGCAGUACUCUGUUCUCCUCUUUCUUCCGUGUGUUUUUGCUUUAUUUUGUCUGUGUUUUCAAGGCUGGCCCAUGAACAGACAAUUACGCAAGGGUCCCCAUAUCAUUCACACAUCUGUCAGUGAAUCUAGGGCGUCUUUUCCAACAGCAGGGGGCGCUCCUAACUGCUUGUAACUGAGCUGGGUGCAUGUACUCUUCUGAAAGGACUACCUUCAUAAGUAAUAUCCUGGACUCUCUGGUUCCUCUUUUUCCUACUAUAAAGCUUAAAGCAGUUUUGCCUGUUUGAAACUAUUGCAUCUAGCUUCUGUAACUUUAUAUCUCUUUUUAUGUUUUGUUUAGAUUUUUUUAAAGUUUUUGCUCGUUUUAAAAAUUUCAACAAGCCUGAAAAACCAAAAAUGAUGUAUGUGAAGUCAAAUGAACAAUACUGAUUUGGAGUCAAGGUAACACGAGGCCCAUUUCGGACGUGUUGGCUUUGGCGGGUGUGAGGAGCCCGGGGACCGACUACAUUGCUGCUUGGCUGUGCCAGCGAGUCUAAGUUAAAGUAUUUGUUCGAUCAAGUGCCUUCAGUUGUGUUUUUUUUUUCUAUGAAGAGAAGAAGUGAGCAACAAAACAAUUACUAAGUGCGUAAUGCGGCCGUAAGAGCAAUCCAAUAGAUUGUAUUCAUCAACUUCAGAGUAUCUCGUUUUCAGUAAUCAGAAUUUUCCUUUUUAUUUUAUUUUUUUAUAAACGCAUUAUAAGGGGAUUUAGGGAUUUCUCUUCUUUGUAUCUCAGUCUUAUCCAAGUCUAAUUCAUGAUUCACUCCUGGGUUUAUCUUAUUUGUACUCGUAUUUUAGAUUACUACUUGUGUAUUAUAUCUUAGGUCGAAAUGGCAUUGUGUUUUUAGUUUCUUUCGUAAUGCAUUUUAACAGGGUUGACGGUUAAUUCAUCGGCGUGAUGAUGUCUGCCAAGAAACAAACACAUUGAGUUUUUGCCCUUUUUGGCUAAUUUUCUUUGUUUUUUUGUUUGUUUUACUAUAUACAUAUUAGUGUUAUUGCAUGUUUGAUCACACGCAGCUUUUUCUUUCCUCAGCGUCAUGACGUUCCUAAACACUAACCAAGAACUCUGGACAGAGAAACAGCUUUCACUACAGUGCACGAUAUAAAAGAGCUGUGACGUUUGAACGUAUCUUCCAGAGAGCAAAUCGAGCCAUUUUUGCCGUAAUGUGCUGCGUGUUGAAUAAGAGGUUUUUAGGCUACAACUGGGAGAUGUUUUAGCAGGUGUACGAGUCAUGUCAAAGGGUAGUGUAUAGAGUGGCGGGAUUUGACUUUGAUGGAGACAAGUUAAGUGGAUGGUUGAAUUUCUUCCGGAUCCACACAGAAGCAGUCGGGUUAUUAUCGCAGUCAGAAAUUGUUGUUGCAGAUUCCAAAGAUGACGCUUAUUUGUGCUUCCAUUUAAACCAAGUCUACAAACUGUGUGCUUUAAAAGCCAGCCUCGAUGAACAAACGGUAUAAGCUAAUGACGACACGAUGUAGGUUUUAAGUGUUAAUUGGACUCGGCUGAAUAAGGUCCAGCUGAGAGAUUUGUGUUCUAAAAAUUUUUCUCGGAUGAGAUUUUUGUUGUUGUAUUUGAGUGACUAGCUGAGGUUAAAGGAUGCGCUGUCAGAAGACAGUAGCAAGUGAUUCUUGAGUAGCGCUCGCAUGUUUACAUUCUCAUGGAUCAAGUAAUUACAACAAAACGCUGACAUUUUUUAAGUCAUAAUUUUUGAUGUUUACAUCACAGCUACACCUUUGCAGUAAGAAUCAGACUUUUGGUGAAGAUGCCUCACCAGUUUGUCACACUGGUUGAAAUUUUCAGCAUUAACUCGAUGGAUCAGUUAUUUUUAAAGGAGUCCGAAAUCAUGAAUAAAAUCGUAUUUCUUUUUUAGCUGUGAGAAUAUACUCUGUGUGGAACCUUUUAGUUUUGACAUUAUUGAUCAGUAAAGCUUGUUGAUGAAUUUAAGAUGGCUAUACAGUGUUGGUGAGAACAGUGCAACUAAAGAGUGAUACACUACAGUGCUUGUAUUGCACGGCUACACAGUUUUCAUUACAUCGCAGUGAUGCAUUUUUUUCACAGAAUCUUGAUUUUAUGCUUACUUUAGCGUGUAACUGUCAGACUUUAUUAGCUGUUGACUGUCAUAGUAGCUGUAGGACUAAUAACAUGAGUUAAAGGAUUUUGUAUUUAGAGUUUUCUAAAUGCACAUGAAAUUUGAGUUAAUAUUCGGCAGUAAUGAUUUGUUCUUUUUUUUUGAUAGAUAUGUGCAUGUGUUUUAGAACAAUAAAUUCUGUUAUAUCUCUCUUCAUAUGAUAUUUGAAAUUGGCCUGAAAUAAAGUAUGUACUUUGUGGUAAUG